AUGUCUCGCUACGCCGAAGCUCACGCAAACCCCCAGGGUCCCGGCGACGCCCGCCCAACAGCACUGCAGAUUGUGAAAGACACCGAGAUGGAAGGCAAGCUUGCUGGCAAGUCAGCUGUAAUCACCGGUGUCUCAUCCGGCAUCGGCCUUGAAACAGUCCGAGCCAUCGCAGCAACCGGCGCAUUUCUCUAUCUCACAGCCCGGGAUUUGAACAAAGCGAAAACCGCUCUGGACGACAUCUUCAAGCCAGAGCAGAUGGAACUUAUCCACAUGGACCAGUCCUCCCUUGAAAGUGUGCGUAACGCCGCGAAGACCAUCCUUUCCAAAACCGACAAAGUAAGCCUCCUGAUCAACAACGCCGGGAUCAUGGCUUUGCCGGAACUCCGCCUGUCAAUGGAUGGCUAUGAGCUGCAGUUCGCAACAAACCAUCUUUCCCAUUUCCUGCUCUUCAACCUACUCAAGCCUGCCAUGCUUGCCGCCUCCACUCCUGAGUUUCAGUCUCGCGUCGUUAACGUAUCUUCCGAUUCACACCGACAUCACGGUAUCAACGCGUCGGAUAACUAUAACUUCCAGAAAGGUGGAUACGAACCAUGGACAGCAUAUUCUCAGUCUAAGACAGCGGUUAUUUACAUGGCAAAUGAACUCGACCGUCGAUAUGGCUCUCGCGGACUGCACGCGACCAGUGUUCACCCCGGGAUGAUCGCCACUAAUCUGGGACAAUACCUUACUCCCGAGCAGAUUGAACAAUUGCUCCAGAAUACGAGAUGGAAUUCUCUGUGGAAGAGCUUCGAGCAAGGCGCUGCGACAACGGUAUGGGCCGCUGUUGGUAGGGAGUGGGAAGGCAACGGGGGAAAAUUCCUUGCUGGAUGUGCCGAGGCCGUACGUGGCCCGGAAGGAACUGAGGAUUAUGUUGGGACAUUUGUCAAUCACACAUAUAAGCCGGAGGACGAGGCUCGGCUGUGGAAAGAUUCGUUGGAGAUGGUUGGACUGUCGGAUGAUAAGUGA